AUGGGAUCGAUUUGGUGGCGAUCCAUCCGACAACGUGUUUGGGGCCAUUGUUGUAGCCUGGACUGA